GCUGAAAAAAAGUGGGAGUGAAAGUGGAAAAAUUCCGUUUUUCGAAAUUACACGGGGGGACAAAGGCGCGCACCUAGUGCAAACACGAGGAGGUUGCUGAUGUUCCGCGGAUACUAUGGAGCCCGAGGAACCUCUGUUGCAAGGAAUUCUCCUGUUACCACCGCAGGGCAUGCUAGGCCAACUGAAGAAAACAUGGCACAAAAGGUUCUGCCAAUUGUUCAGAACCAGCAACUAUGGGAUCAAACGCGUAGAAAUUUAUGACAACCAGGAGGAGGCUGUAUUGCAGUUGCAUAGUCCACGCAUCAUUACAUUAGAUGCGUGCAUCAAAAUUGCACCUAGUAACCAAUCACACGUGUUUACCGUAGUGACAAAAUCAGGGAUCCAUUACUUUGGAUGCUACUCUGAAUCAGAUAUGAGUUAUUGGAUUACCGCGUUUCAGUUAGUAGCUUUUAAAGACAGUGUUUCUAACCAGACUAUAGAAGAAAAUAAUGAUUUGUACUGUACCAGCGGGGAGGGAGUGUUUUCUGUGAAAGUUGCAGAGACAGAUGCAUCUAAACGAUGUGGUUUGGAAAAUAGGAAUUAUACUCUUGUAGUAGCUGCGGUUGAUAUGAAAUUAAUGGACGGAGAUAUAGUGUUAUUCACGUGGCCGUAUCGCUACAUCAGAAGAUAUGGUUACAAAGAUGGCAAGUUCAUUUUUGAAGCAGGAAGAAAAUGUGAAUCUGGUGAGGGUUCCUUUCGUCUGGAACACAGCAGUCAACAGGAAAUUUUUCGAUGCAUGUACGCGAAAAUGAGAUCAAUGAAGAAAUUAAUGAACGAAGAAGGUAUUCCGAGUAUCGAUUGCAAUGAUGCUCAGUACCACGCGGCCUUGGCUAUGGAAGCUGGUUCCAGAGCUGCGUUACCCCUUUCUCCAAAUAGUUCUGCCAAUUUAAUUGACAUUGAUUUCUCAUCUUCGCAAAAUUCUCAAAAGCAAUCGAACUCUUCGUCGAAUUUAGAUACCAGUUUAUCUACUAAACCUUCUUUGUCUCUCAUGAAAUCUAAGCCUGCAAAGCCGCCACGAAAAUAUGUUUUCACGGGCUUGUUAGACAAGAAAAAUACAGAUUCUGAAAUAUCAGACUCACCUACGUGUGCAGAGUACAAAACAUUGAAUCUAGAUAAUUCACCUGAUCUAUCACAGAAAUCGAUAGGUAGUUCGAUACUUGAUGACGACGAGAGACACCCGUACGAUCUAGUAGAAGUAAGAAAUAACGCUUGGAAAACACACGGUAUAGACAACAUACAUCACACGGAGAGACCAACUUCCUUAUUACAUAGCGACAAAGAUAAAGAAAAUGAGGACGAUUUCCAGUACGAAACAAUGAUGCCUAUUUUGUCAUCUCAGAACUCUACAAAGAGUAAGUCUAGUAUUACGGAUAAUUCAGUGGCAGAGUCGAUUAAUCACAUAUCUUGCAAAUCUAACGAGGAAUCUGAUUACGAUAAAUUAGAACACUUCGGGUCAGCGAGUAAGCUGAGUCAAAAAAGUGCGUAUAAAUUCGGAAACUUUAACAGCGCGUCGCAAAAUUCACAUUCCAAUGUUUCCUUAAAUAGUUCCGUGGUUGACACUGCAUGGUCUAAUUAUGAUAUUGUUGAAGAUAUGUCUGCUGUUAGAUUAGCAGAUGAUAGCCAUCUUGGAUAUGGUGUUAUUAGAAAGAAAACAAAUCAUUCCAAGCCUGCUCCUGCUAAUAGCACAAUGGGUCCAAAGCAUACAGUCUAUAAUAAUAGUGAAUAUGCAAUAGUAUCAAAACCAAAAUGUGUAUAAAAAAUUCUCGAAAAUUUCAACUCCGUAAAUAUAUUAACUAUAUUUAAUUUGGAGAUUCUCGUUCUUUAAAAUAAUAAUAAUAAUUCUAGUCUAUGUUAUGACUAGAAUAAGUUCAUUCCUACCUUUUUCUCGCGAACGAAAAAGUUAAAUGCUGAUAUUUUAUAAUUUCGUUAUAAACGUGUAGGAGUGAAAUGACAUUUAUUUUCUGCAAAGAUUAGGUUAACAACCACUAGUCUUAUUGAUCAUUGUCAAUUGUAUAGGAAUAAUUAUUUUAAAAA